CAAUAGGUGACGCGUAAAGAAAUGUUGAAAGAAGUACAAUUAGCCUGAAGAAGAAAGUAAAGGUAGCUUUUUACAAGUUUUCUAGCUGGGCCUGUAACGAAGAUCUAAAGAACACAUUUCGAAGAUUUCUUCUGACUUAUCGAGCAAAAUUCAAAUCGUUCGGUCCACAGUUCGAGACGAGUUAUUCCGUUCCAAAGAACGCACGAAACGAAAGAUGUUUUUACGGCGAGUGUCGGACUAUUUUCGCUCUCGAGCCAUUGUAAGUCGAAUUUUAGUUGCGGUGUCGACAAAUCAUUGAUUCAGUGACGGUGAAUUUUCUUUUUCCUGGAUGUGACGCGGAUGCGCAGAAACUUUGACGUAAAACGUUCCCGCUGAACGAACAGGACCUUCCGGUUGUCAUGGAUAUUGAUUUUCCUUGGGCUUCGAGGUUUCUAGAGCAGCUGUGCGUACUACCCGUCCAGCGCAGACUCCGGCUAUUCUCAAUAUGGCUGUCUAUUGUGCCCAAAUCCACUCGUUUCGCGUUGCAACGCGCUCGCGGCGAUACACGAGGAUGCGAUCAAUGCGCCAGGAACAUCAGCCGAUCGCAAUUUAAACAGCCGAAUUUAUUUUCGAAUCUGACGCGCUGUACGUUGUCAACAUGGCCGAUACAUGUGCCGCUGUCACGUGCUUCCUCAUCGUCGCGUCCAUCUCCAUCGUCGUAAGCAUCAAUGGGCAACUGUUAACUAAGGAACAUCGAACUCUCGCAGCAUCGGAACGAGCAAACGAUUUAUGGUGUCAUCAGUGUGAUACGAUGGAAGAUGGAGAGAGAUGCGCCAAUCUGACCGGAAACUUCAGCACUUUCGGGCACAAGUGCACUGGUGACAAAAGGACCUGUAUGGUAAAGCGAUUUUCUUACACUACCAGCACGGAAGAUUCAACGUCUAGUCCACAAACUUGGUCGGUGGAGAGAAAGUGUACUAACAAAUGCGACUCGGGAUGUAUAGUGGUCGGUGAACGCACGAAACUCUCCGCUUGCACCACUUGCUGCGAGAAAUCGUUUUGUAAUAUCGGUACCGGUGCUGCGAACGACCUGAUGAUAAGAGGGAUCGAUCUGUUUCUAUCCUUAGUAUUACAAAUUACGUUAACAAUUAUCAUGUAUCCGUCCUGACAUUGCAGACGAAAUAACACUCGAUCGUGAAUCAUUUUAGUCGCCGAUGAGAAUAAUUGGUUCCAUUAGCGCGUUUAUACAUACGUUGUAACAUACACUGUAAUAUUACACCACAACACGAUACAGAAGAUUUUAUCGCAUUACCAAUGAAAAUGCUGUUUUAACUUUGUAAAUAUGUACAUGGAGUUUCAUUCGUUAUGUGUCUCAUAGUAAUAUUACGAUAAAUAUUGAUUAAUAAUUUAAUAAAAUUACGACGAUAUCGAUAAUACGAAGCUCAGAAAUAAGAAACUAAUAAUUGUGUUCUCGUUCUACUCUCGAUAAAUCAAAGAACAAUUGAUAAUAUAAAAAGUGGAUGUUCUUAAGAAUACGAUGCUCAUAAUUAUAAUAAUAACAAACACAAUCAAAUCUACGAGAAUGAAAUUUAAAACACUGCUAAGUUGUUACUCGAUCGUUCAACGAACCAAUGUAAUUUAAAUUGUAGAUUUUAGAAAAAUUGUUAUAGCAAUACACUACCAAUAAAUUGUAUAAAGUAACAA